AUGAGUUCAAAAGUCAAGUCUGAAAAGACAAAAGUGAAGUUUGCUCAGUCGAAUAUUAAUCAUGUUUACAAAGGAAAUACUACAGAACCUCAACAUAAACCAGCUGUGCGACAGUAUGGGAUGCAAGUUGUCGGAAAGCUGCAGGGAACGCGCCGAUUACCUCCACCAGCUUGGGUCCCCAGUAUCAAGGCUGAAACAGGCGGUCUGGACAGUCGAGUUUCUCUUGUUCCCGCGGGUGGGGGUGGGUGGGGCGCACCCUCAACUUCCAGUGCUGACCAGCCACCUGUAUCAUCCACGGCAACUGAUAGCCUUCCAAUUGUUUCUACCUUACCCUCCGUGAAUGGUGCACUUUAUAGUGAAACAGUCGGAAAUUCUCUUGAACCAGCUUAUACAAAGUUCGCUUAUGGUAACUCAGAUAUGGGGGUAACGGGUGUAUCAACACUGAAAGAUACUUCAGUCGGUGUGAACGGCUCUGUCAAGACAGAUAAAACUCAAGAGGCAGUAAAAGAUAAAGUAUCCAGUCAACCGCUGAAACCGCCGAGUGAUAAGCCAGGAUCUAGCGGAGGAUUGGCAGCUAACAAACCAUUCUUCCAAAGGCCAACUCCGGUUGUAACCACUUCUAGUACUACAACUACGACAUCUAAAUCUGAAAUUCCUACCAAGGUUGAUGGGGGCGCUCGCGAAAUAGUUGGGGAGCCUUCUGGCUGGGUUGCUAUUAGCCAAGAUGAACCUGACUUCGACGAACGCAUAAUUUUUAGUGAUGAUGAAGAGUAUGAAGUAAAAUCCAUCAGAUCGACCACAACGACAAGCAUAUCAGAACAACCUGCACAGUUUUCGAUCCCAGCUCCUAAUACUGUUAAGACCAGUUUGCAUGCUAUGCCUAUGAAACCAUUUGUCAACCCGUCGACUAAUUUACAAGGAGCUUGCCUCAUCCAGACACAAUCGACGGUAUCUCAAAAUAUGUACGGCUCUAAUUUGAUGACAUCGAACGCUUGGUCCGCUGCGGAUGUUUCAUACACUCGUAACUGUUCAGUUAGCCACCCUGGACCUCCACCAAUUAAUCUUCCUUACAGCAUUGCGUCGAUAAAUACAUGUGGGAUUACUUCUGAUGCUAACCGUUCAUUACCAAGUGGACAGUUUAUGAACCAUGUUACAUCUCCAGGCGUAAUAGAUUCGUUCUACUCUACACAUCCACUUCAAAGUCGUUUGGCGGUGUCGAUUGCCAGCGGCAUUACUGACUCUGUACGGUCAGCAACCGAUGUAGAUGCCGAAUUACAACAGGCACAGAGACAAGCACGAACCCAAGAAUUUAAAAAUGCAGUUGAAAGAGCUCAACAAGCAAGGGCACGACAAAAGCUUUCUGAAAGCUGUUCAGCUGAAAGUGAUAACAUGUUACCUAAGUCUGCUCUGGGUCUCUUGCCCAGCAUGUCAGAAAAUAGACCACUUCCAUCUAUUCCCACGCCUUUCACGACUACGGCAUGCCAAGCUGGUCCUAAUUGCUUGUUUCCAAUGGGGGACCAUUCAUCUGUUAAUCAUAUGCUUAGCGCUCCUCCUCAUAAUAUGCUUCCCGCGUUUCCAACAUCAGGACCUCUAGAUAUAACGGCCGCAAUUGCCGCUGCGACUGCUGCUGCCAUAGCGUACACAGGUGGAGCAGAUAGUGGGAUCCCAGAAAGAAGUAGGAUUGAAAUGCCUCUUAGUGUUUCCUCGAUUAUAUCUCAGACACAGGUGCCAAUGCCUGUUAGUUCAAACACAGUAACUGCUGGCACAUGGCAAGCUCAGUUUGGUUCAAACAAUUCAAUGCCUGCCGCUAUGGUCCGAUUGCUUUCUCAGCAGCCUCUUAUGGCACAGUUACUACAGAAUGCUCUUAAAAUGUCUGCUGGUAAUUCUCAAGUACCUAAAUCUGCUCAGAAUUCACAAGGUGUGUUUUUAAAUCCAGACUUCUCUGUUGAACGUUUCCUCGAGAUUUUCAAUCAGUCACAGAUGAAUUGGCCUCAAGGACCCCCUAUUAGUUCACCCAAGAAUACGAUCUCUUCAGAAUCGAAUGCUCAGGUCGCGAUAUCUACCCUGCGACAUGAUCAGUCUUCUACUAGUACUGUGGAUUCAUGUCUACGAAACCAGUUUGCAUCUACAACCCCAAUUUCAGGUAACCCUGACGAUACUGUUGGUUCACAAAACGUUAAAGAGUCGGAUGGAUCAAGCGAAAAAACUCAUCGAGUUCACAGGGUUUCACAAUCAUCCAGCAGAUCAGACGUCCCUGUAGUUACUACCAGCUCAACUGUAACAAGCAGUAAUUCUCCCAGUCAACGAACCACUCGUGUUCCUGGCUUAAUGGAUAUUAAAGUAUCAUGUGCAUCAUCUCAACACUUGGCCCAUCUCUGGGACAAAGAAGAUCACUUACUGGAUCCAGUAAGCCGUGGUUUUCGGGGUCGUGGAAAGAGCUUGAUGUCAUACAAGCCUCAAAGAGGAAGUGCUAAAGGUCGUGGAACCACUAAAAGCCAUCUUUACGAAGCUGUGACAAGUGACUUAAAAUCUAUCAAUCUUCGCGAACCAUGUGAUCCACAAUAUUCUGCAGAUGACUAUGAUGUAUCACAUCGUUCACACAGUGUUUCAAAAUCGUCGAAAUCCUGGCGUUCGAAACCGUCACGCAGCGUUGAUGAUUCAGUUAUAGAUGCCUAUAAUAUGAAUUCACGGGUCAAAUCUGGAUUGACUGAUGACGAACAUAUGAGAUACAGAAAGCAGGUUCGAAAUACAACAGACGAUAGUUGUUGGACGCGUACAGAUCUAAAUAAUAAUAGUUCACCUUCUGUGUUGUCUAGCGAAAGUGAGAGUAAUGAAUGCGGUGUCCUUAGUGAUGUCCAAGAAGGUGAUGGUACUGAAGAUGACAAGAGCUAUAACCGAUUACAUAACGAGUCUGGGAAAAAAAGAAAUCAGCACCUAAGUAAAUUCUCACAUCCGAAUCAAGUUGGAGUGUCUGAUAAUAAAGAUAAAAAUAAAAAUCUCAGUACAUCAUACAACAGACGAGGUCGACGUGGUCGUGUCGGGACAAAUAGUCAUUUUACAAGUUCCAGGAGUUAUACUACAGAUGAUUUCUCUUCAUAUUCGAAACGUUAUUCAAAAGGUUCGGAACAAGACUAUUAUUGGCGUCAACAUUAUGGUUCUGGGUCCAGAGGAGUUCGUACAGGUCAUUCUGCCGGAUUGAGCAUUGAUCAGCGCAAGAAUCAUAGUAACGAUGAUAUCCUUUACAGACCAUCUGAGCGUCAAUCCUCUCGAAGUAUUACUUCUGGCAGCUUUACUGGUAUAUCUGGAUAUUUUGGUGGUCGAAUGACUCGUUCAUACGCACAAUAUGAAUCAUCUCGUGAUCAGAACAAGGAUUUAGAUAGUCAAUAUUACGUCACAAAUGGUCGUCAGAUGAGACCACAAAAGAUGUAUUACACUCAUAAGGGGCAGUUUUCAAGUGCCAUCGAUUUUUCUCAUGAGUAUGUUGCCAGUGACAACGAUGAAAGCAAGUCUCAUGGUCGAUCAACUAAUUACGCUGAUAGUAAAGCGAAGGUUUAUGCUGUCAGUGGACGUUUCCACAAAACAUACAGAAAAAAUCCAGCAAACACUACCACAAAGUCUGAGUUAAACCCUCAGCCACAUAUUGAUACUGAACAGGUAACUAAGCUGACACUGGAUAGUACUAAUAAUCGGACAGAAGGUAUAGAUGAUCCUGAAGUUCCCACCGUUCGUGUCCCCGCUUCAGAUUCAGUUAUUAUGAACUCCCAGUACUCUAAAACGCGUACUAAUCGUUUUGCCACCCACCCAUCCAAACGCAUAAGUAAUCGUGCUGGUCAGAAUCACCAAUCAAAGCGUCUUAACGGCUCUGUUAUUCAUACCACUCGUCGCUAUCGAGAAAUGCGGGAUCGAUACAAUGAUGAAAAAGAUGGUGAUGGAGGUGCUGCUGCUGGCGGUGUGGGUCGGUCUGGAACAUCUAGUGGCGUAUCUGCUUCUAUUAUUUUUAAGACUGGAACUGGUGGAAAUAGUAAUUCUCGUGGUGGCAAUCAAUGUAGUGGUAAUGGUGGUCAUACUGAUUCUGCUGUCGAUUUUGUUGAUCAAGGAAAGCAAAGCAACAAUAGUGAAGUUGUUUCAAACAAUGCUAACGAUCCGCUUGAUGAAAAUAAUGUGAACUCACGGUCUCUUUUGCGUCGGCGGCAAGCGAUUGGUACCAGUUCAAGAUCUAUUGCUGGUGGGAUUGCUUUACAAGCAGAAUGCUCUAAAGUCUCUUCUUCCCCAUCAGUUAUUGGUGGAACUGUCCAGAAAAAUGAAAAGUCUCACAUAUCAGGUGGAAGUUCCACAAACCAACAUAGUGCGUACCGUAGUACCACACGUGCCCCUCGAUGUGGAACCACUUUUUACCACAAAAGAAAUGAUAUAUCCUUAAUUCCGCCUUUAAUGUCUAUUAAACCUCAUGCCUCAUUUCCAGAAAAUUCUUACGAUUUGGAUUCCUUGUCUACAUGGACUAAUCGUACAGAGCGAAAAAGUGACACAGUUUUCAAGGAUGAUUCUGAUAAGUUCUCGCAAUCAGGCAGAGAGUUCGACGAGUUAAAUCAAGACACCUUUGAAGAAGAUACUCCACAUGGGGAUGGUUUUACAAAAGUUGUCUCGAAAUCUAGCAAGUAUUUUGCUCGUCGACGAAUGCAGCAAGAAGUUACAGUUUCCGGUGACUUGAGCACAAAGAAGUCAAAUUCUUUUUCUAGAAAUGUUAAUGUAACCCAAGUAUAUUCCAGGGACGGUUCAACUUUAACUACCACUCUUUCACAAAACUAUGUAAAUGCAAAUGACCAUAAAAGUCAAUCAAGUGGACUGUUGAGAAGUUUGUCGGGUAAAAAGAAGUGUCUCCCAACUAAAGUAAGUUUUAUGGGUCCACCAUUAUGUUUAGACGCAACUUCAUCACUAUGUACUGUUACAACUUCCAUUUUGUCUGGCCAAGCUAACCAACCAGUUCCUUGCAGCAGCAGCAGCAGUUUAUCAUCAACACCUACAUCAUCUGUGCUGCAGAAGAUUUCUUUCUCAACUACUCGUACUUGGUCAAAAGUUGUUGGGACAAAGUUUGCAAAAGCCCCUCUUGAAAAUUAUGGUGAAUCCACAAAAACAUCGUCAGUUUUACUCAAUUCAAAUUCAGUUUGGAAAUCAGAACAUUCAAAUCACGUAAUUACUGAGGAAUCUAAUGAAGAUAAAAAGUUAUUAGACAACACAGUCACUACAACAACCAGUAACACGGAUUCAGUGGUAAAAUCCUCUUAUAAUUCCAUGCAAUCGCUAUGGUCGAUCGGUGAUAGCAUACCUCAAGCUAACAAAAAUCAUUCAACUAAUAGUACUUUGCUGUUGGCUAGUAGUACAGUUCAGGGUACAGUUGCUCCUUCUGCUGGUCCGCUAUGUACUGUUAGUCCUUCGACUACAUUCUCAUCUCAAAUUUCUAAUAACAUUUGCAAGGUCAAACCUCAACAACAACAGCUUCUUCAGGUUACUUCCAUCUCACCUCUUGUUUCAACUUCCAUGCAUUUGAAUCUUCUUAGCCCAUCUAAUAAUAAUAUUAUUGAAAAUAUCUCCACCGCAGAUUUGAUAACAGAAACAGAAAGAUCUGACUUCGAAUGUUGUGGUGACAUUGGACGCUCUAAUGCCCUUUUAAGACCACAUACCUCAGAUAACCUUCAAAAUUUAACAACUUUAUCCAGUAAUUCUUUUCAGUCUUGGUCUUCCUCAAAUGCUCUAUAUACACCAUUCUCUUUAUCAAAUGUUCCUCUAAAUCGUCAUGAAAGCAACAUGUUUUCCGGUAACGUUUGGCCUACGGCUGAUCAAGGUAUGGAUAUAAAUAUUAAUUGCAUGACAGGUUCGUAUAAUACUAAUUCUAACCAACCACACUUUCAAAAUCAAUUGAGUUCUAAUAUUCUUUCAAAUGUUUUAACUCACAAUAAUACCGUCCCGUCAUUGGAUAGUAUGACUAAGCAAUCGAAUAUUUCUAUCACACCUAGGCAACAGCACAUGCAGUCAUAUCAAAACUCUAUAUUAACACCCGCAGAGAGAGUAAAUAUAUAUUCCAGUGGUCCAUAUGGAAACAACUCUGCAGAAUUAGGAAAACUAUCAAACAACAUAUGUGUUCCGUCUCAACAAAUGACUUUUGUAUCUGCAGCGCCUUCAUUAUAUGUCCAUCCACAGUCAACUGCAAUUCAGCCCGCACCUUCUCGUUCUUUUCACCAUUCCUUAUCAAUCCCGAUUCAAUCACAAGCUCGGAAAUGCAGACAACAGAUACCACAUCAAAUGGAUCCAUCCACAUUUACUACUGGAUAUACGAGUUUUCCCACGGACGUAAAAAAUGAAUACAAUUUCCCUCCAUCUAUUGCUGGUUGUAUUCCACCUCCUCCUUCUGUUGGCUUGUAUUCAGCCAUUCAGCAGUCUAGUUACCCACAGAAUUCAGGACGACAUGCAAUCGGAUUUCCGACGACUGUAAAUUCGUAUUCUCUUCUUGGAAACCCUUCUGCUACUUCUAAUCUUCAAACCGCUGGACAACCAUUUGCCCCAGCGAUCGGACCAGCUGCAGGAAACGGUGGAGGUUUAUUACCUCAUCCUGUUCCUCAGGGUGGUUACAACAAUACACCUUGUCAUUUCCCGACACCUAUUACUUCAAAUUCUGUCUCAAAUUAUGCCAAUGCUUCUAACUAUGUAGGUGUGAUUGGAGGAGGACGGCCGAAUACUGACCAUACAAAUGCUAGUGUUCGACAAAGAGGUUUACAGCAUCACAAUUUAUUCCCCCAUCCAAACCUCCCACAGUCACCUUCGGCGCAAGGACAACAGUCCUUUCAGUUGCCCUCCAGUUUUUAUCCGUCGAUCUCACCAUCGCAUCAACGCGUAUCACUUCAGCAAUUUGGAGGUACAUCUCGUGCAGCAAUCACUGGACCGAUUAAUCCACAAAAUGGACUUUAUGGUCCAACAUUUGGCGGGGCUUCUCAUCCACCAAAUCAAGCCACUCCACCUCCUAUCGGACAUCAGUUGAAUCCUAUAGGUUUUUAUAGUAAUCCGUUCCAAUAUCCAUCUCGUCCAGACGGACUUCACUGA